CUGGCGGGAUAUCAAAGACUGGCACACCGGGCAGGACUCCGGGCAGCGGUACACCGGGCAGAGGCACAUCGGGCUGGACUCCGGGCAGAGGCACAUCGGGCUGGACUCCGGGCAGAGGCACAUCGGGCUGGACUCCGGGCAGAGGCACAUCGGGCUGGACUCCGGGCAGAGGCACAUCGGGCUACCAGGCGAAGCGGCAGGCAGCGGGCCACCAGGCGGAGCGGCAGGCACCGGGCCCCCGGGCGGGGCGGCAGGCACCCGGGCCCCCGGGCGGGGCGACAGGCCUCGGGCCCCCGGGCGGGGCGGCAGGCAUCGGGCCCCCAGGCGGAACUACAGGUCUCGGGCCCUCAGGCGGAGCGGCGGGCGCCGGACCCCCAGAUGGAGCGACAGGCCUCAGGCCCCCAGGCGGGGCGACAGGCAUCGGGCCCCCAGGCGGGGCGACAGGCAUUGGGCCCCCAGGCGGGGCGACAGGCAUCGGGCCCC